GAAGAAGAAUCGUUUGUUGAAAAUUAAAAUCCUAUUUUUUUCGCAUAUAUUUACAAAAUUAGUUUCGUUUAUGUGACGUGCCGCUUGGCAAGCUUACAUUAUAUCGUGGGCUCUCAGCGAGCUCUAGUGCUGGAAUUUCCAGCUCCAUCGAGUGCAUUGAGUUUACCCAGUCGCAAUUGAGACAGAGUGUUUUUAAUACUCGCAUAAUGUUUCGAAGUCGUAGCUGGUUUGGCGGCCCUUGGGGCGGACGUCCUAAGAAUCGACUGUCAUUGGAGCACCUAAAGUACCUGUACAGUAUUUUGGAAAAAAACACAACGGUAUCGGAGAGCAACCGCGGUCUGCUGGUUGAAUCAUUGCGCUGCAUUGCCGAGAUUCUUAUCUGGGGCGAUCAACAUGACUCCCUUGUGUUCGACUUCUUUUUGGAGAAGAACAUGCUCUCAUACUUUUUGCACAUUAUGCGGCAGAAGAGCGGCGGCUCCAGCUAUGUUUGCGUACAGUUACUCCAGACACUUAAUAUUCUCUUUGAGAACAUCCGAAAUGAGACAUCCUUGUAUUAUUUACUAAGUAAUAACCAUGUGAAUUCUAUAAUGUUGCACAAAUUUGACUUUUCCGAUGAGGAUGUCAUGGGCUAUUACAUACUCUUUCUGAAAACGCUGAGCCUCAAGCUAAACACACACACAAUACAUUUUUUCUACACUGAGCACACAAAUGACUUUCCACUGUACACGGAGGCUAUUAAAUUCUUUAAUCAUCCCGAGUCCAUGGUGCGCAUUGCAGUGCGCACAAUUUCCCUGAAUGUGUACAAGGUGCAAAAUGCGAGCAUGUUGCGUUUUAUUAGAGACAAAACGGCGGCACCCUACUUCAGCAACCUGGUUUGGUUUAUUGGCAAGCACAUAUUGGAGCUGGAUACCUGCGUGCGCACAGACAUAGAUCACCAAUCGAAGCAAAAGCUUUCCAAUUUGGUUGCCGAACAUCUUGAUCAUUUACACUACUUGAGUGACAUCCUGCUGCUGGAUAUCACGGAUCUGAAUGCCGUUCUCACUGAACACUUGCUGCACAAGCUGUUUGUACCCUUGUAUAUAUUCUCGUUGACGCCAGCGCCGCCGCCGCCUUCGUUAGCAUUGGUCACGCAGAAUUUGGCGGCUGUGCUGAAUCGCAAUGUGGACAUAGACAUUCAGGAAAUGCAUAAUCCACGUGUUAGCUCAAUUGUGGCGCUAUAUUUGCUAUCGCUCGUGUUUCUGGUUGUCACGCAUGCGCCGCUGGUGCAUGCCCUCGCCUGGGUCAUUCUAAAUGGUGACCAUAGCGUAUUCAAAGAAGGCGCUGCCGAAAUACUCAACUCCUAUACGGAACAUCGCGAAGUGGUGGUGCCUGGUUUUGGUGAGCCACAUGAGAGUCUCGAACAGGCAUUGGACACGGUUGUAGGCCAUACGGCGAACUACAGCGGCGAUGCAGCUAGCGAGGACAACGGCGUGGAAUCAACAGCAGCGACGACAACAUCGGCCACAAGCAGGCACAUAGAAACUGUUGCUGAGGCUGCAGCCACCAGGUUGCGCAACAUAACCGACGAGGAGAAACAGAUGCUGCAGCAGUCCACAUCGACGCAGGCUUUCACUGAGCUAGCCAAGCCUUUUCUGGACACCGUGUUGCAGUCACUUGAUUGCACAGAGAAUGAUUAUCUGGCCCUAUUAUCACUCUGCCUCAUAUACGCCAUGUCCCACAAUCGAGGCAUGAAGAACGAAUGGUUUGAGCAGGUGCUCUCCAAAUCCAUGCGGGGCUCUUUUAGCUAUAAGACUGCGCUAAUUGAGCAUCUGCUUAAUAUCAUCACGCAUUCCAGCCUACCAUCCAGUCGCAUACGUUUGAUCACAGUUGAGAUUGCCUUGGAGCUGCUGCUGACCUUCACCAAGCCGGUUGCGGAUGAGGCGCCCUGCAUAACGGCCACGCAGCAGGGUUUGCUCUUCAGUGCCCGCAAUCAGUCGAUGGUUGUGCUGCGCAACUUUUACAAAUCGGAGGACAUAUUCCUAGAUCUGUUCGAGGAUGAGUACAAUGAGAUGUGCAAGGCACAGCUGAAUGUUGAGUUUCUUUGUAUGGACUCGAACAUUCUUCUGCCGCCAACAGGCACGCCUUUAACAGGCAUUAGCUUUACCCGGCGCCUGCCAUGCGGUGAGGUGGAGAAGGCUCGACGCGCCAUUCGCGUAUACUUCCUCUUGCGUCGAACGUGCCAAAAGUUCUUGAAUGAGAAGGAAUCGCUGCUGCCACUGACGAACGUAGUAAAUCUUGUGCAGGUGGAGAAUGUGCUUGAUCUGAACAACAGUGACCUAAUUGCCUGCACUGUUGUGUCGAAGGAAAAUGCUAAGCAGCGGCGUUUCUUGGUCAUUGAUGCACUGCAACUCAUACUCGUGGAGCCCGAUGCCAAGCUGUUGGGCUGGGGCGUGGCCAAAUUUGUGGGCUUCCUGCAAGAUGUGGAGGUGCAGGGUGACAAGGAUGAUUCACGCUGCCUGCACAUCACAGUGCAUCGCGGCGGCGUCACUCAUAAUCGCACGCCGCAGCUCUCUGCCAAAUUUUUGUUCGACGAUCAUAUACGGUGCAUGGCGGCCAAACAGCGCCUGACAAAGGGUCGCAGCAAGGCGCGUCAGAAGAAAAUGUAUCAAAUAGCACAGCUUAUUGAAAUUCCCGGCCAGCUGGACUCGCCGCUGUUUCCAGUGUGUGGCACCUCAACAAGUUGUGGCAAUACGCGCCUGGCGCAAAAGGGUGCAAAUUUGACAGCGAGUCGAGUGCCCGGCUUUGCGGCAGUGCUGCGUGGUAACAACAGCGCGGGCAUAAGUCGCACGCAGAUGGCGCAGAAUCGUUCCCUAGAGGGCAUACGGAAUGAAAGCGGCAGCCGCUCACGACGACGAAGUCCCAAUGCCGGCUCCAGUUCACCGUUGUCGCUGCGGCUGGGAAACACAGCUCUGGAUCGCGAUCGUUCACCUAGUGUCAGUGGCGGCAGCCACAGCUCCUCCCAGUCUAGAGAAAAUUCACAGGCGCGCGGCUCCGGUAAUCGCUCCCGUGAGAGCAGUCCACGUAUGCCAAGACCACGUUCAGAGGAAAUCCCUUUAGAGGAUUUUCCCCAUUCACGCAAUAAUAGUCCACACUCGCGCAGCGCUGUGGGCAAUGCAUCUCCAUCCUCUCGUUCGCAUACGCCUUCUCGCGUGCUGCACAUCGAUCAAAUAUCGGUGCACAGUGGCUCGCCACGGGAACCGUCGUCUCUGGGCACGAAUGCUUUAUUAAGCCAACUGAAUGGUGGCGUAACCAUUGCUAGAGAAGUGCUCCCGGCACAAAGCUCCGAGGAAACAUCCUUUAUAGGCAAUGAUGUUGAUGAUGAGAACAGACGAAAGGGCCGAAGCAACAUUGAAACGGUUUAAAAACAAUUUUAGUGUUGUGACAACAUUGUAAUCUACUGUGUAUAAUAGAAAGUUAAAUUGUCGCUGCAAUUUUCAAUUCCAUUUACUGUUACUUUUAGCUUUCAUUUAGAAAUAAACGUUAAUUUGACGAAUUUGAAAUGAAA